CAGUGUCCAUAUAGAUGCCAAUCUUCGUCGUUAAGCAUAAUUAGCCGUUUAUAUAAUCCACACAUAGAUACUUACAAAUCAAAUGAACAAUCAUCAUCGUCAUAUCUUCUCAUCUGCCUUGUUAUUCACUUUUCUUUUCUUGGCAACUAAUCGUGUAUCUCUAAUGGCUGAAUCAACACCCUCAUCAACUACUGAUGCCGCGGUUCAUAUUAUUUACACUGAGAAACCCACGGAUCAAGAACCUGAAGCCUAUCAUCUUAAAACCCUUGCUUCUGUUCUUGGCAGUGAGGAUGCUGCAAAAGAGGCUUUACUUUAUAGCUAUAAAAAUGCCGCCAGUGGAUUCUCUGCCAAGUUGACUCCUGAGCAGGUCUCUCAGAUUUCUGCUCAACCUGGUGUCCUGCAGGUGGUUCCUAGCAGAACUGUCCAGCUGCAUUCAGGACACGGGAACAAGCAUCACAUGUGAAAACUAUCAGUGUUCUACAGAACAUGUGAAAACUAUCAGUGUUUUACAGAACUUAUCUUCUCCGAGUGUACUCGAGUUGCAUAAUACUUAUAACUGUUGUUUUAAGAAGCUUUGUGUUUAUACUCCUUGAAUAAAUAAAAAUCGAAAUAAAUAUUCUUAA